AUGGAUUCCCUCAACUUUCAGCUCACAAUCACUGCUCUUGUCUUGAUCGCAUUCUGGCAUUUCCUACGCAAGAAAUCUAGGGUAUUGGAUAACAUCUCUGGCCCACCCUCCCCGUCAUGGUUCAAAGGCAACUAUGAGCAAGUGUUCAAUCCUGAUGCCUGGGGGUUCCACGAGUUCCUUGCCAAGGAAUAUGGUAGCAUGACGCGCCUUCAUGGUCCUUAUGGGACAAAUACGCUCUACACUUUUGAUCCCAAAGCGAUGCAAACUGUGUUGGUCAAAGACCAGGACGUAUUUGAGGAGGACGACGGAUUCAUCAAAGGGAAUCUUCUGAUCUUCGGAGAAGGGCUGCUUGGUACAUUGGGGCACCGACAUCGCAAACAGAGGAAAAUGCUGAAUCCUGUCUUCUCCGCCGCUCACAUGCGAGAAAUGAUCCCGGUGUUUUUUGAGGUCACCCACAAGCUGGAAGCCGCGCUCGAGAAUCAACUACAAGCUGGAUCUUCUACACAAGAGGUUGAAAUCCUUUCCUGGAUGGGUCGUACGGCCUUGGAGUUGAUGGGACAAGCAGGCUUAGGUUAUUCAUUUGAUCCCUUGACCGAUGAAGAAUCCGCGCAUCCAUACAGUCAAGUUAUAAAGGAACUACUUCCUACCUUGAUUCGUCUGCAGUUCUGGCAAUUUAACGUCCUCCCCUAUGUAUCCUGGAUCGGCACUGCAGGUUUUCGUCGCCGCAUAGUCAAUAUGUUGCCUUGGAAGGAUCUACAUCACAUGCGAGACAUGGUUGAUUACAUGCACAGUGUUGCAGAACAGAUAUACAAGAUUAAGCUACGUGCAUUCGAAGCUGGUGAUGAGGCGGUAGCCUCGCAGAUUGGAAGAGGGAAUGAUCUUAUCAGCAUCCUCAUGAGGGAAAACAUGGAUGCUUCCGAGGACGAUCGUUUGGGGGACACUGAAGUUAUAGCUCAGGUUAGUAUCAGCUCUACCCUUAUUUUUGCCGCCAUGGACACAACCUCAAGCGCUAUGGCCCGGCUGCUUCAUCUUCUUUCACGACACCCCGAGGCGCAAAAAAAACUCCGUCAAGAGCUGAUUGAGGCAAAGCGCGUGAAAGACGGACAAGACUUCUCCUACGAGGAGUUGACCGCUUUGCCAUACCUUGACGCUGUCUGUCGAGAAACCCUUCGUUUGUACACCCCGGCCUCAGCUGUCACUCGGAGGGCCCGCCAAGACGCAAUCAUACCUCUGCUCAAACCCAUCAUUGGAUUAGAUGGUACUGAAAUACAUGAAGUAGCCGUUCCGAACGACACCGCAGUCAUCGUGUCUCUUUCCAACUCGAACAGGAAUUCAGAUUUGUGGGGUGAAGAUGCCGACGAGUGGAAGCCAGAGAGAUGGCUUUCUCCGCUGCCAAAAGCCCUGGUUGAGGCACGCAUCCCAGGGGUAUAUUCCCAUUUGAUGACUUUCCUUGGUGGUGGACGCUCCUGCAUCGGCUUUAAGUUUUCGCAGUUAGAGAUGAAAGUUGUCAUAUCCACCUUGGUGGAAAAAUUCCAGUUCUCUCCUUCGUCUAAAGAUUCCGAAAUCUUUUGGCAAAUGAAUGGCGUGACAGCGCCCGUUAUUGGAAAAGACAAUCAUCCACAACUGCCCAUGAACAUCAGCUUGGUAAAUUGA